AGAGAGAGAAACCAGUCCAGUAUUCAGCACGCCAGUGCAGUGUUCAAAAGUUCCUUGUGUCCGAGUGUUGUGAAGUUAUCAAUGAGUACAUCGGGAAUGUGUUUUCUUGGUUAGUUUUAAUUCGAAUGUAUAUCUUGGUAUCUGCCUCCCUCUGGAAAGUUUGAGUUACGAGCAAAUACUUGUGAAAAGUGUCUGAGGAAUUUUUCGGAUAAUGAGAUAAAAAAAAGUUUCAACAGUUCUCAUAGUUGGUCUACGUAUUAGCCCAGAUACGGUUGAGUUUGGAGAAUUGUAAACACGUGCCCCAGCGAUGCCCAUAUCAUUCUUCUUUGAAAAACUGCAUUAUUACUGCACAUGUCGAAAAGGAGUAAGAUCUGUUUUGUAUUGAGAGAUUAAUUACUCUAAUAAUCUGAAGUGCCGUUCGUGCCGAUGUUGCAUUUGAAUUUUCCAAUGUACUUUUGAAAGAAGUGAGAAGCUUCGAAAAUUUUUCUUGUAUGUAUCAGCGAUCAAUAGUGUUGUAAAAUAGCAAAGGAAGAAAGCGUCUCUAAUGAGCGCGUUAAUCAAAUUUCUCGUUGCCAUGUGAGUACAGCUCUGCACACCGUAGUGAUGAUGGUGCCACUGCGGUUAUUAAACAUACUUUUAGUGGCGUCCGUAGUACUAUUAACCAGGCACUCCUGUGCCAGAAAUGUUGAUUAUGAGUAUGGAUCUCUUGUUAAUGAUUACCCGGAUGUCCAGCCGCAGCACAGCCAGUUCUAUGAUUACUUGUCAUACUAUGGACCUGACCUCAGUCAUACCACUUUACGUAAGUGUUUUUGUGGCUUAGAUGAAAUAUGGAAUGGAACCACUUGUGAAAAGCAGAAAACCCUGGUGGCUGUGUAUGAUUAUUAUUAUUCUGGCCUCUCAGUUGUAGUGAAUACCACUGCCUUCGGAAACGUGAUGAAAGGUGAGGCUUCUUGUUCAGAGGGGUCAAAAUUGUUGGAACUUGGCAAAAACCCUAAUCAUGGCGAGCAGUUUUUCGUGCUCGAAACAGGUGAACUAGAAUGGAAUCUCAUGGUUUUUCAAAAUUUCUGUAUUGAACAUACCUAUGGCUCUACAGGUCUUCCAAAUGAAUGGUUUGCACAGAUCUGUUUGGAACGACCUACAGUUCCUAGGUGUUGUCCAAAAGGCCAGUCACUUGAUACAAAAGGUCAGUGUAUUACUCAAGGUGUUGCAAAUUUCUCGCCUCCUAUCAGGGUACUAGACCAGGUUAUGACGUGGCCCGAAGACGAUGCAGAAUUGGUGGAAAAUAUUGCCUGCAGAGAAUCGGAAGACACCCUCGUUUUAGAACUAGGCAACUCCACCCUUUUUUUAGACUACUAUCAAAGCAUGCCCAUCUUGAAUGGGUCUUCCCCAUUUGUUAUCAGGCAUCAGCAAGGAAAUCAGAGUUACUGUGUGGGUGUUGACUCACAGGGUAAGGUGUAUACUGCCAAAGUGUGCUACAAAGACCCUAGGAAAGAUCAUCAGGAAAAGUGUCAGGGUAAUGUCUGUGUGCGUAAAUGUUGCAAAGAUUAUGAAUAUCCUAGCCCUGAUGGCUGCCAACCAUAUCCCAGAGAUAACUUCACAUUAUUUAAGCCAACAUUCCAUGACCCUUAUAACUUUUCAGAAGCGGAUGAACCAGAGAAUUUGACUUUGGUGCAUGGCCUGCCUUUGUGCACGGAAUUCUUCCAAUUAAGACCUCACGAAGAAUCAGAUGAUACAUUCUUCUUGCUUCAAAAUGGAUACCUGCAUGCCUCUGCUUUUCCAGACCCUUACCCUCCCACUGACUAUUGUAUAGACGCCUUUGUGGAUCCAGAUAAAGGAAUCCUUAUGAUGCCCCUGGUAUGCUUUCAUGAGGAAGACAAAAAUCCCAUAUGCGAGAAUCUGCAGAAAUAUUUGUACCCUGCGUUGCUGAUUGUCUCCAUUGUUUUCUUGGGCGUCACAUUGGUUGUCUAUAUAUUUGUGCCAGAGUUGCAUGCCAAAGUGCACGGCAAGUGCCUCUUGUCUCAUGUCUCAGCGUUGCUGAUGGCUUAUGUCAGCCUCUUCAUCGUACAACGAACCACUAGUGACAUCUCUCACUUUGGAUGCAAGUUUAUAGCCUCUGUAACCCAUUUUAGCUUCCUAGCCGCUUUCUUCUGGCUAAAUGUCAUGUGCUUCGACAUCUGGUGGACCCUCAAAUCCAUGCGACCUGUUCCUGAGACGGGUGAACUGUCCAGACUUCGAUUCAAACUGUAUUCGCUCUAUUCGUGGGGCUGCCCUUUAGUGAUCGCCGUCAUCUCUGCAAUCAUCCAGUCACUUCCAGAGAGUGUGAAGGUCAUCCGGCCCAGCUUUGGAGAAGCCAAAUGCUGGUUCAGCAAAGACGUAUCACUCUGGGCAUAUUUCUAUGGAUUCGUUUUGGUCCUUGUCAUUGCCAACAUUAUUUUCUUCUGUCAAGUGGCGUAUAUCCUCAUAGUGGCCCAGAAUGACCCCAUCUUGCAAAGAACCCGACAACAAGACCGUGAAAGGAUGGGGUUGUACGUCAAGUUGUUUAUGGUCAUGGGAAUAACAUGGCUGGCAGAAGUCGUAUCUUGGCAAGAGAAAACAUGUGGAGCCUGGAUCGUCACUGACAUCAUCAACUCCCUGCAGGGGGUGUCCAUCUUUAUCAUCUUCAUCUGCAAGAGAAAUCUUCUGAAGAAAGUACGUAGCAAAUGGGAACCAUAUCUUCGUCACGUAAAGGAAGUUGUAGGAUCUAAGCGGCUCAGCCACUCAAAGUUUUCCACCUCAGGAAAUGCAACUACAACGCGUGAACAACUUUCUUUUAGCUCAACAGAGAACAGACCCAAUCACUCGGCUGCCUCCCACCGAACUGUCGAAUGUCAGCUUUCUUAUGAUCCUUCCUCUGUCAACAGGAAAAUCUCAACUGGAUCUCUGGCUGCCACGACAGGAGCUCAAAUCCAUAUGCAGAACAGCAUCCCGAUGGACACUAUUGAUGAACAAUCUGGCCCAGAGAACUUUCCACAUCCAGCAGUUAAUGGAUUUGCAACGUCUCCAUUAGAUAAAGACCAUGAAAAGCCCCAAGACCAAAAUGACACUCAAAAUAGGGAUGAAAAUAUUAUAGGGAUACAAGAGGAGAAACAAGAAUCCCUCGAUGGAGGAGGAGGAGGAGGAGGAGCAGGAAGAGCAGGAGGAGGAGGAGAGAUUGCAGUGGUGACGAGAAUCUCCGGGAUUCUCGUGACGAGGACAUCUUACAGAGGAGUGGAGAAAAACAUCGGGAACAUUUCAAUGGUGAGAAGAAAGAGCCAUUGAGCAAUGAUGUUUCAUUAAAGAAAGAUAUGGAAGGUUUAAGAAGUGAAGAGAAGAAAGAGAAUGAUAAAUGUGAAGUUACAGUGAAUGCUGCGGCAAUAGAAGUGAAUAGUCCAAAUGAAGAGCCUAAUAUGGGAACACAGAAUUCGUAUUCUCAUGCACAUCACAAUCAUAGUUUAACAAGUGAAGAGGAUGAUGAACCAGUGCACGUGUAAUGAAAUUGUCAAUGCUUCAGAUCGAGCAAAAGAAAAUUAUUGUUUUCAAGGUAAGUUCAAAAGUGUGGUAGAAUCAAUGAGUCAGUCAGUCAGUCAGUGGCCUUUGUGAGAAAUACCUUGAACAUUUUGUUAGAAUGUGAGAACAUUGAACGUUGAAGCUAUUCUAAGUCAGACACUUAAAGAAUCUCAUCAUAUUCACGCAGAACCAAAUAUCAGCUUAUUGCUUGAUAAUGUUAAUGUAUAAUCAUUUUUUAGCUGACCCAUCUGGCAAGAAAAUAUGUUUUACAGAUGAUGCACUCCAUGUUAUUUUCUGUUACAUGGUUGUUGACUUUGUGUCUAGUGUUAAACAAGAAGAAAAAAAAUACCGUUCUGUGUAAAUAGGUCUAUGUCAUCGCUGGUUCUUCAUGACAAAGCUCCAGACAGUCCUUGAUCAAUACAUAAUUAAAGUAUACUCUAAAAAUUCAGGAAAAUUGAGUGCUAAAACAAUAUAGUGAAUAAUGUUAAAACCGAUGUUAACAAACUGGACAUAAAAUUCUUCCGGUUACUAAUGCUAAUAAAGUUGCAUAUUUGAGAAAGAUAUACAUAGUCUACAGCAUUUCUGAUACGGAAUGAAUGACGGCGUUCUUGCUACCAUUCAUGUUCUAAAUGUACAAAGAAGAGGGAAUGUCCUCAAUGAGAGAACUGGUUGCCUGAACAGUCAUUUCGCCUUAUUAUUCUGGGAUUCACUGAAUGAAUGUUCCUGAUUUUUCAAAGUGACUUAAAAAAUCUUGGUAAUAACACCUAUGUGAAUGUUCCAUUGAUGUUUCCUUAAGCUAAUGAUAAUGCAUAGGUUAUUAUCACGACCACAUGUAUGGUGAAAAGACUGUUGAAUACUAUUUUUAAGUGUAUUGCGUUAGUCAGUAGAAAGGUAGAUAGAUUUAAGCCAAUGUGUCAUACUAAUGAUUCGCCCAAUGUGUUUCAGGUUGUUUUGUUAAGUGAAUCUGGGUGCCAAAAACUAGGUUUCAUAUAUAGAUUUAAAGCAAAUGCUUCAAUGUGCCUCUUCGUUUGGACAUACUUGAGUCCUGAAAUUAUUCAUUUUUCUUAUAAGGCGACAUUUAGCUCCAUAGGGAAAGCUUUCAGAUGUAGUUUUCAGACCAAAAUAUACCUCAGAUCAAAAUACAGCGGCUACUGUUGUCAGUCAGUGCCUUAGAAACCAAGUGGAGCACUUGGAAAUCUCUCUUACCAGGGCUAUGUGCUCCAUCUACAGGAACGCCUUAGGAGCUAAUGGCAUAUGACUCAAAGUAAUCAAUGUGAUUCUUUGUAUAAAACUUUGCAUUCCUCUUCAUGAGAUUUCCUUAAAAGCUGACAUGUACUGUGCCAAAAUGAACUGCUGCGAUUUCAGCACAUCGUCAUUCUUACUUGAUAUAUGGUAUAUACCCAGUAUUUGUAUCCCAAAUGUUACCAGGUUGGCCAGUUUGUUGUCAGCCAGACCAAAGGCAAUCUAAUGUGCAUGCAUCACUUGUACCCAAAAUUCUUUGUCAAUCCCAACUCAAUUUUUGCGAGUUGAAACUGCUGUUACUCUUUGUUGCUGCGAAUCUGUUUUCCCAGCUUUGUUCAAAAAAUUUUCUUUCCAUCAUCAUUAAAUUCAUUUUAUUUCAAUCAUUUUCUCUAUUUCAUAGUUAUAUCUAGAAUUGCCUUCUGUACCAGAAUUGUAAUUACUGAAAAUGCUUUAUCUUGAUGAAAAUUAAGCCCUUUUUCGGUGAAAAAUUUAUUCCAAUGCUUUUCUUAAUGUUUAUUGGAUAUUUCGUAUUACACUAACUAAUAAGAAGCUAUUGAAUAAGAAGCCCUGAGAAUUGUGGAAUCAUUGACAAUAACCAGUUUUUCAUUUCGCUUGAUGCUGUGAAGAGUAAGUGUUAUCAGAUUGCUUCAUAAUCUUAGAUGACCUUCUUAUUUUUCACAUAAUACACAUCACAUCAAAAGUGACAAUGUUUUCUAUGCUCUCAUGUAAGAGCUUUCUACAAAAGUCUGCUUAAAGCUGAUGUGGUUAGGCAUAUGAAGCACUAAUUUCUAAUUGUCAGUAAUGGUGUGUUCUUGCAGCUCUCACCACUUGAAGCCAGAAAAUUAUUCUCUCAUCAUUCAUAGUAAUUUAUAGUAAUCCGAGGUAGACAUUUAAUGUUUUUAGUGCUUUUUGAGUGAAUUCACCGUUUCUAUAUUACAGUAUACCAAUCAUAUGUGACGCUCGUAUUAAGUAGUACACUCAUAUUUCAGCUGUUUGAAGUUAAUAGAAUUUUUGCUUUUUAAAUAUUCUUGUUCUCUCUCUCUCUCUCUCUCUCUCUCUCUCUCU